CUCAUCAUCUGGGGCUCGAGAAGCUGGAGGAAGUGCGCGCGACACAUCAGCGCGAGCCGAGUUUAAAAGUGAUCUAACGGCUGCUUUCUUUGUGAGUGCAGGCAGGCGGCUGUGAUGAAGCCAUUCGGCCGCUGGAAAUAGGGAAAGUAACGCGUCGUUGAAUUUCCUGCUGUUUUAUAAAAGUAGGGUAGAUUUUUUUUUUUUUCGGGAUAAGACAUGAAAGACCAAGGUGAGGAACGCUUGCUAAGUUGGUUAGCUGGUACGCUAACAUUUAACCAUUUUUAAAGAAAGGUUUUUGGAUUGGCAUUAAAGCUGAAAAAAAAAAAAACCUUCAACUGGAAUUAAAUCUCUUUUUCUGCUCGGACUGGGUUUAUAUUUAAUACAUGUUUUGGGAGAUAUAUUUUGGUUACUUAUGUGUCGCUUCAAAAAGUGGGUUACCAAACAAGGUGCUAGAUGCUGAGUGGGAAGGCUGUGCGUAAUGCUGAAACAACUCAUCCAGAGUCAGAAUGAGUGUCACAGAUGGCGAGGGCACAGCUAGCCAAGAUGGCCGAGCCUACGUUCUUCAAAUCUACCCCCGCCUCUCCUUGGAGACGGCACCAUGCUGCAUGCUCAGAGUGCGUAAGGAGGCCACAGCAGCCAUCGUCAUCCAGGACGCUGCUUCCACUCUGGGUCUGGAUGCAGCGAAACGCUACGUAUUGGCUGAGGUGAAGGAGAGCGGAGGGGAGGAGUGGGUUCUGGAGGCCACAGACUUGCCGGUACACAGGGUUUUACUGUGGCCCAGGAAAGCUCAGGAGGAGCACGCGCAGAGUGAGGGAUUCUACUUUAUCCUGCAGGAACGCAAUCGAGAUGGCACCAUCUGCUAUGCUCAUCUUCCUACUGUUGGUAGAGAACAGGACGCUCAACACCUGGUCACCCGAGGCUUUCUGCCUCCCCGCCAUGAGGACUUCAAUGACCUGUGCAACCUUCCUGUCCUCAAUGAGGACACUAUCCUGGCCAACCUGCGCAGCCGUUUCCAAAAGAAGAAGAUCUACACGUAUGCUGGCAGCAUCCUUGUUGCCAUUAACCCUUUCAAGUUCCUUCCAAUCUACAAUCCCAAGUAUGUCAAGAUGUAUGAGAACCAUCAGCUGGGCAAACUGGAACCCCAUAUUUUUGCCAUUGCAGACGUCUCGUAUUACACUAUGCUGCGCAAGAGGAUCAACCAGUGCAUUGUUAUAUCUGGAGAGAGCGGCUCGGGCAAAACGCAAAGCACUAACUUCCUGAUCCACUGCCUGACUGCUCUGAGUCAAAAAGGAUAUGCCAGCGGGGUGGAGAGGACCAUUCUGGGAGCGGGACCUGUCCUGGAGGCAUUCGGCAACGCAAAGACAGCCCACAACAACAACUCCAGCCGCUUCGGCAAGUUCAUACAAGUCAACUACCUGGAGAGCGGAGUGGUCCGGGGGGCGGUUGUUGAGAAGUACCUGCUGGAGAAAUCCCGUCUGGUGUCUAGAGAGAAGAAUGAAAGAAACUAUCAUGUGUUUUACUACCUGCUGAUGGGGGCGUCUGAGGAGGAACGCAAGGAGUACAAGCUCUUGCAGCCAGAGAACUACAACUACCUCAAGCAGCAAAACUUUACCAUAGAAGAUGCAGACGACCUUCGGCACGACUUUGAGCGCUUGCAGCAAGCCAUGGAGAUGGUGGGCUUCCUACCUGCCACCAAGAAACGGAUAUUCUCCGUGCUAUCGGCCAUUUUGUACCUGGGUAACGUCACCUACAGCAGGAAAGCCACAGGCAGGGAUGAGGGACUGGAUGUGGGACCACCUGAGGUGCUCGCUAACCUCUCAGAACUACUCAAGGUUAAAGAAGAGCUGCUAGUUGAGGCACUCACAAAGAGGAAAACGGUUACAGUUAACGAUAAGCUGAUCCUUCCCUACAGCCACAGUGAGGCAAUCACAGCACGGGACUCUAUGGCUAAGUCUCUGUACAGUGCCCUAUUUGAUUGGAUUGUCCUGCGCCUCAAUCAUGCAUUGCUCAAUAAGAAGGACAUGGAGGAGUCCGUUCCGUGUUUGUCCAUAGGUGUUCUGGACAUCUUUGGCUUUGAAGACUUUGAGACCAACAGUUUCGAGCAAUUCUGCAUCAACUAUGCUAAUGAACAGCUGCAGUAUUACUUUAACCAGCACAUCUUCACGCUGGAGCAGGAGGAGUAUCAGUCUGAGGGUAUUACAUGGCACAACAUCGACUACACUGAUAAUGUGGGCUGCAUUCACCUCGUCAGCAAGAAACCCACUGGACUCCUCUAUUUACUGGAUGAGGAGAGCAAUUUUCCCCAUGCCACAGAUAUAACCUUGCUUGCCAAAUUUAAGCAACAGCAUGAGAGAAACCACUACUUUGUGGCCACGCCUGUGAUGGAGCCAGCUUUUGUCAUCCGCCAUUUUGCCGGGAAGGUCAAGUACCAGAUCAAGGAUUUCCGAGAGAAGAACACAGACCAUAUGCGACCGGACAUCGUGGCCCUGUUGCGCAGCAGUGAUCGGGCCUACGUGCGUCAGCUGAUCGGGAUGGACCCGGUGGCCAUGUUCCGCUGGGGCAUCCUCCGAGCCGCCAUCCGUGCCCUUGCUGCUUUCAAUGAAGCAGGACGCUGCUGGGCAGCCAAAACCUCUGGUGUGGUUAGACCCGUUUCAAGAGUUCCACUGGGAGAGCUGCAGAGGUCAAACACUCCCAUCGAGAGGAUGUAUCGCGACAUGCACGCCCAAAUUAUCAACUCCAUUAAGGACUUGCAGUUGGAUGGCGAAGACCCACGUAAGCUGCUUCAGUCCUGGGGUCGCCUGCGAUUCCCACGCCACUUUCUUCAGAAGAACAAAAACACCAAACACAAGCAGCUGAUUCCAAAGAACCUGCUGGACUCGCGCUCACUGAAGUUCAUUGUUGGCCUUCAUGACUGCACUACCAAGUCUCUGCUUCACCUGCACAAGAAGAAGAGGCCCCCGAGUAUCAGCGCUCAGUUCCAGACUUCUCUCAGUAAGCUGCUGGAAACUCUGGCAAAGGCUGAACCCUUCUUCAUCCGCUGUCUGCGCUCAAAUGCGGAAAAGAAGGAGAUGUGUUUUGACGAGGCACUGAUCUUGCAGCAGCUCCGUUACACAGGCAUGCUAGAGACGGUGCGCAUUAGAAGGUCUGGAUACGGUGCCAAAUACACCUUCCAGGAGUUCAUUGAGCAGUUUCGCGUGUUGCUGCCAAAAGAUGCGUCUUCUCCAGAAGAAAUCUUGACUCUGCUGCAGAACCUUGAUCUUGACCCCAAGACGUACCAAAUUGGCAAAACUAAGGUUUAUCUCAAAGAGCUGGAAAGGCAAAAGCUUCAAGAUACGCUCCACAAAGACGUCAUGCGCAAAAUCGUUUUCCUCCAGCGCUGGUUCCGAGCUAAAAUGCAGAGGAGGGAGUUCAAUCAAAUGAGACAGGCAGCCAUCGUUCUUCAGCGCUCAUGGCGCAACUACUGCAAAAGCCGCUGUCAAGCAGCAACUCUGAUUCAAGCGGCUUGGCGAGGAUUCAAACUGAGAGCCGAAUACCAGAACCAGCGGGCAUCUAUAACCAAAAUCCAGGCUCUGGCCCGAGGCUGCUCUGCUCGAAGGAGGUACAGUUCUCUGAAGGAAGAGAAGAAGAGGGAAGAGGCUCAACGUAGGAAAGAGGAGGAGGAAGAGGCAGCCAGGCAAGCUCAGGAGGCAGCAGAGGUGGCCCGAAAAGCACAGGAGGCCGAGGAGGCAGCCAGACAAGAAAGGGAGGCAGCUGAUGCUGCCAGGAGAGCACACGAGGAAGCAAUGGGACAAAGAGACGCCAAAGAGGUGGCUGGAGGAGAGGAGCAAGCAGCAAUGCUCUCCGAACAGAAGACAAAGGAGGACGAGCCAGAGCUGCAACUUAAUAAUCAGGCUGCCAUAGAAAUGGAUGGACAGAAUGAUGGCAGUGAUUUGGUGCAGGACUCUAAAGAAAAGGAAAGCCAGCAGACUGAGGCUGGUCCUCGGCAGGAAGCAGUGCUCCAGGAUAGUCAAGUAACACAUGAGCACAAGAGUUUGGUUGUUUUAGAGCAGCAAAAUGAAGCCACGGGAGCUGCCCAGGAAGCUAAUGAAGAUAUUGCAUUACUAGGAAAAAGUAGUGAGAAUACAGCAAGUGUUAACCCCACAAUUACCGUUACUGCCCUCCCUAAAACUUCCCCCAGUGUUUCUGAAGAUGUAAAAAGCCCUCAAACUGGCAGUCCAACGACUAACACCGUUCAUCCUAAUCCAGGCCGGUCCAGAGCUCCACCGAUGGGGAAACUUCCCACCUCCCGGAGUCAGGAAAAGAGGGAGCUGAGGAGGCAGCGUGGUUUAGAACACAGCCAGAGGGAGAGUGUGCGUGCUGCUGCAGCAGGCAAAGAUGAGGGCUGCAAAGAACUUGACCACUACACCUUCAUAGCACAGAAGAGCGAGAAGCCUAAGAAAGCAGCUGACGAUGAAGAGAAGGUAAAGAAACAAGCUGUGACCGGUCCAAUCAGGCCCUCAACUUUACCACUGGAAGUUUCAGAGUCUAAUGAACCCAAACACACUCCAAGGACCAAGGACGUGCAAAGUCAGGGAAAGGACACCACCCAGCCUGAGUUCACGUUGAAAGAGCCCAUACGCCAGGAGGAUCAGAUGACUCGCACGUUGAAAGAGCCCAUACGCCAGGAGGAUCAGAUGACUCACACGUUAAAGACCUCCUGGUCAUUAAAUGACGUAUCGGAGUUUAAGACCUCAGAUGUCUCUGCAAUUUUGCAGCCCAUGCCUUGUGUUGUGGAGGAUCCACACGGAGGAAGAGCGAGCAGCGUGAAAAGGUCAUUGCAGGACGAUGGCCCUCACACUCCUGAGAGAUCAACAGGCUUCUUCAGGAAGAUUCUGAAGAAACGUCCUCAUAAAGAGGCUCAAACUCCAGAAGACGGAGACCUAAUGAUGGCAGCUGCUUUGAGUGAAAAAGAGAGCACCCACUCCGCCACAUCUUCACGCACACAUCAUUCAGAGCCUUCCAGUGGACGUCUGAGUCGAAACCCCACUAUUAAGAUCAGCCGUGCCACGCGGGUCACAGAGCAAUGGAACGCCUCGCUGGACCGAGAGAUCACCAAUGCAAACGAGCUCCGGCACCUUGACGAGUUUCUGGGAAAUCAGGUGAAUGACCUGCGCUCGAGGGGAAAGCAACUGUCGGCGACAGAGCACAUCUUUAUUACAGCCACCAUGCAGUUCAGAGAGAACAUCAAAAGCCUGUACACUUGCUCAAAGCCUUGCAUUGGAUAUAAGGGCUUGAUGAGGGGCUACCAGAACAAGGUGAUCAGUUUAGCUGGUGAGCAACAAAAGAGUGAAGUGCAGCUCGUUGUCAAUCUGUUCCAGUCUGUGCUGGACGGGUUUAUCAGAGGAGAGAUUAAAAGAGAGGAGGCUGAGCCUGUGAAGCCCCCAAAAGGUCGGAAAAAGAGGCGGAAAAAAGAUAAGAACAUGGAGAGUCCACUGGACCAUAUGUUUAGCAAUUUCCAGGUGAACAUAAUGCAGUCAUGUGACCAGUGCUCUUCCUACAUCUGGGUGAUGGAGAAAGCCUAUAUGUGCAAGUAUUGCAAGCUGGUUUGCCACAAGAAGUGUCUGUUGAAAAUCGUCACAGAUUGUAAUACAUACUGCUCAAAAAAGAGUGAAGAGGAUUCUGGUUCUCAGCACUUUGGUGUGCGUGUGUGCCGCCUGGUCAACGAUAAGUCCCCGGUCCCCAUGGUUCUGGAGCUGAUGCUGGAACAUGUAGAGAUGAACGGCCUCUAUACUGAGGGCAUCUACAGAAAGUCUGGCUCAGCUAACCGCAUGAAGGAGCUCCGGCAACUUCUAGAAGCUGAUCCUAUUACAGUGUGUUUAGAGGACUACCCCAUCCACACCGUAACUGGUUUGGUGAAACAGUGGCUGAGGGAGCUCCCUGAACCCCUAAUGACGUUUAAUCACUAUAACGAUUUCCUCCAUGCAGUAGAGUUACCUGAAAAGCAGGAACAGCUUCAGGCCAUCUACAGGGUUAUAGAGGAGCUCCCUGCAUCCCACUUUCAGACUCUGGAGAGACUCAUUUUCCACCUAGUCAGGGUGUCAAGGGAGGAGAAGAGUAACCGGAUGACCCCAAACUCCUUGGCCAUUGUUUUCGCCCCUUGCAUCCUGCGUGGUCCUGACAGUGCGGACCCGCUCCUCAGCAUGAAAGAUGUCGCCAAGACGACCACGUGCGUAGAGAUGCUGAUUAAUGAGCAGAUGAGGCUGUACAUUGAAAGGAUGGAGGAGAUUGAGCAGCUGGAGUACGCAGAGACGCUGGCGAAGAACCAACUCAAGCUGAAGAGAAGCAACACUAGCUGGCCUUUACCUCUAAGGUUUACUUCUCCUUAUAAAGGAGUAGCGGUGAAGGAGAAACCCUCCGACUUGUGUGCUGUUCCUGAGAAUGAACCACUUGACUCGGAUACAGAGGCUGAGAGGAACUUGGUGGAGCGAAUCAAGUCCAUCAAACAGGAAAAAGAUGACCUGGUCUGCAGGCUGCCAGAUAUGGAGCAGCCAGGUUCAGAUCAGGAGAAUCUGGACUCGGAGGCCUCAGCUAGCUCAGAGAGUCUGUUAGAUGACCGGACCCCCAGUUUGGACAUGGAAGGUAGAAUGACGGCCAUACUGAAAACCCAUAAACCCUUUAGCUCAUCCUCGUUACCCCAGUUGACUUCUUCAGAAAGCAAGAACUCCUCCUCUUGUCCCUCUUCUUCAUCCCCACCCUCCAGAAACCAGCUCCAACGCCGGUAUCCCAUCAUCCCCUGCACGCUGCGCCUGCCCCCUGGUGUCUUCACGCUCGUGCAGAGACGGCCACGACCUGGGCGCCGUAAAGACAGCAUCCAGUCACUGUUCGUUGGCUCUGGAGCUGAAUUCGCUGCCUUGUCGUCCUCUUCCUCCUCCUCUUCUCUCCCACAGAACCUCCUCAUCUCCUCCAGACACUUCUCCGACCCUGACAUUGCUCAUAUCCAAGAUGGUGUUUGAUUUACACCUUUCAUAAUCCUGCUCACCAAGCACUUUUCCCUCUCAUUAUAGAAUUUUUAAUAGACUUUAAGUACAGAUUUGUGCUGCAGCUUUGUGGGUGCCAUCAUGAACCUAAAUUCUAUGCUUUGUGUGUAUAUAUUUUAAUUUUAUGGACAAAGCAUGAUGUUGCACUUUUUUUUUCUUUUUUUUUUGGUAAACAGUUUUUAAUUGUGCCUUUUGUUUCUUGGCGGUGUGUAAAUUCUUGUUUGUACUGUUUCUCUUGAAGUAUGAGGGCAAGGACAUUUUUUUGGGGGGGGGAAAUGACACUUUAAACCCUUUAAAACAAAAAAAAAUUCCAGAAAAACUUUCACACCUGUUUUCCACCAACACAUUGCUGGUGCAGAUUCUGAAGGCCAACAGACCUAUUUUAAGAAGUUUUAACCAUCAAAUUUUUAGCAGGUUCUUAUUGUUCUUUUUGGCUCCGAGAGUGUUUUACCAUUCAGAGUUGAAUUCUUAAUAAAAUAUACACAGCACAAAGAGACAGCAGGAUGUAUGUACAUGUAUGGAUUACUUUUAGCUAUUUAUUCUCCGUGUAUAGUUGCACAGUUUGGUGUACUUCUUAGCAAAACAAUUGAUCCUGAUCUAAACAGGCUCACUUUUUUUUUUUUUUUUUUUUUUUUUUAUGGUUGCAAUACAAAUUUUACAAUUUUUGCAAUAUGUAGUCAUUUUAAUUGUAUGUAAAUAACUUCAUUCUUGCUUCUUGAUCAGUUCUUGCUUCUUAUGCUGGAAAUGGUUCAACGUUAAUAACAGCACACCAUGUUGGUGGAAAAGCUCUUUUUGUGAACUGUGGACUUUGCAGUCUCUUUGGGAGUUAUCUCACGGAUCGUUUUAAUCGUACAGAGGAGCAGAAAACAGCAUGAGCCACUUUUCUGUCUGAUGGAAGAAACCCAGACAAAGCAAAAUGAAACAUUUCUCGACUCGCAUCAGGGUUUUUUUUCCAGACAAUUAACCAAUGACCUGGAUCUUGCAGUAAACAGUAGGAUGCUGUGCUCAAGGUCAAUGGCAACGUCAGAGAAGAACUGUGUAUUGUUUACUAAUGAUGUCAUGUGUUUAACCUGCUGGUGUGUUGUGUACCAUGUGGAAGUAUAGUCAUUGAGAGAGAAUGGAUGAUUAGAGUUCAGAAGUCAUAUUUGCUUUUUUUUUUUUUGCGCUGUUUGUUUUCAAGUGGCGAAUGUUGCUGUUCUGCCUCUAAAGUUCAGAUUGAAUGAAUUAUUUUCUUACAAUACACCUUUUACUUGGC